GUAUAAUUCGAGCUGUUUUUUUGCUGUAAUAAUUUCACAAUUCUCUUUUUUUUUCGCUUUUAAAUAAUUUUGUCUCUCCAUCUUCUUCUCUUUUGCUAGUCUCUCAUAUCAGCUAAGAAAAGAAAUUCAGAACAAAAAAAUAACACAAAGCUCUGUGUUUCUGUCUAUCUGUUGAAUCAAAUCAUAUGGAAGACGAUCGAAAAGAGGUAUAACCAUCUGUUUUAUUAUCUCUUGUUAGUUUCCCCAUAAAGUUUCUUUAGGAAACUUUGAUUUUACUAAGAAAUCGAGAUCUGCUUGUUUGGAUUUUUUCGAGAAUUGAACAUUGGUUUUGUAGAGCUAAUCAAGCUCCAAGCACUACUGAUACUGUUUAUAUUGAAGAUUUUGAUUAAAAAUCAGCACUAAUCUUGGUAAUCGGAAACAAAAAAAAUUGAGUUAGUAGUAUAUUCUAAAGUUUCAUCCUUUUUCACAUCUCGAUAAGCUGAAAUUUUGUUAUCACGAGGUAUAUUUUCUACUAGUACUUGGUAAGUUCGAAACUUUAUUGGAUUGAUAAAGAAAAGAUCUUACUUUACCCUGAUUUUAUCGAUCAUUGAUUAAACCAAAGCUUGUAAAUUGUCCCAUAAAGUCAAGAACUUGACUUUGUUUCUUAGAGAGUUCGUCCUCUUUCUUCUUCACUUGCUUGCUCAUGAUGCAUCGUUUUAAGAACACUCCGUGGCUAUCAGUGCCACAGUUUGGUGAUUGGGACCAAAAAGGAGGAGGAACAAUGCCUGAUUACUCUAUGGAUUUCACUAAGAUUAGAGAGAUGAGGAAACAAAACAAGAGAGACCCUUCUCGAGCCAGUUUAGGCAAUGAGGAAGAGCUCAUUAAGCCACCCGAGUCAGCAACAUCAACUGCUGAGCUUACCACGGUCCAAAGUGAAAACCAACGAGAGUUCUCUCCCAGCCACCAUCAUCAACCACAUUCUCCUUCUACGAGGAGAAGUAUGUUCAGCUGCUUCAACUGCUGCGUUAAAGCUUGAAGAUUUCUUCUUGAGCAAAGUAGCAGUUUUAUUAUUGACUUGUGAUUUGAAUGUGGAAAUGUGUUAAUGUCAUGACACUUUAAUAUAUGUUCCAAUCCAUUUUUCUUUUUCUUUGGGAACCAUAUAAGCUCUAUUACAAGGAAAAGAUUAUGGGGGAAAUUAAGUAUACACAAAAACAUAAUCGUCUCUAUUAGUACACUCUCUGUUUUAUCUAAGGAAAAACAUGGACAG